AUGGGUUACAAGACUGUCUCUAAAUCUUGUACUAUUGUUCUGAAGGGUGUAGGGCCGGUAUUAAAAGGUGCAGACUCUCAUGCUUUUCCCUUCUGUCUCUUUUUCUUUCCCACAGAUGAACACAAUGACGUGCAGAAGAAAACCUUUACCAAAUGGAUAAAUGCUCGAUUUUCAAAGAGUGGGAAACCACCCAUCAAUGAUAUGUUCACAGACCUCAAAGAUGGAAGGAAGCUAUUGGAUCUUCUAGAAGGCCUCACGGGAACAUCACUGCCAAAGGAACGUGGUUCCACAAGAGUACAUGCCUUAAAUAACGUCAACAGAGUGCUGCAGGUUUUACAUCAGAAUAAUGUGGAACUAGUAAACAUAGGAGGUACUGACAUUGUAGAUGGAAACCACAAACUGACUUUGGGAUUACUUUGGAGCAUCAUUUUGCACUGGCAGGUAAAAGAUGUCAUGAAGGAUGUCAUGUCAGACCUGCAGCAGACAAACAGCGAGAAGAUCCUGCUGAGCUGGGUGCGUCAGACCACCAGGCCGUACAGCCAAGUCAAUGUGCUCAACUUCACCACCAGCUGGACGGACGGGCUGGCCUUUAAUGCCGUGCUCCACCGACAUAAACCUGAUCUCUUCAGCUGGGAUAAAGUUGUCAAAAUGUCCCCAAUAGAGAGACUUGAACAUGCCUUCAGCAAGGCUCAGACUUAUUUGGGAAUUGAAAAGCUAUUAGAUCCUGAAGAUGUUGCUGUUCAGCUUCCUGACAAGAAAUCCAUAAUUAUGUAUUUAACAUCUUUGUUUGAGGUGCUACCUCAGCAAGUCACUAUAGAUGCCAUCCGUGAGGUAGAGACACUCCCAAGGAAAUACAAGAAAGAAUGUGAAGAAGAAGAAAUUAAUGUACAGAGCACAGCUCCCGAGGAGGAACGCGGGAGUCCUGGAGCUGAAACCCCCAGCACUGUCACCGAGGUGGACAUGGAUCUGGACAGCUAUCAGAUAGCCCUGGAAGAGGUGCUGACCUGGCUGCUUUCUGCUGAGGACACUUUCCAGGAGCAGGAUGACAUUUCUGAUGAUGUUGAAGAAGUCAAAGACCAGUUUGCAACCCAUGAAGCUUUUAUGAUGGAGCUAACUGCACACCAGAGCAGUGUGGGAAGCGUCCUACAGGCGGGGAACCAGCUGAUAACACAAGGAACUCUGUCAGAUGAAGAGGAGUUUGAAAUUCAGGAACAAAUGACCCUCCUGAAUGCUAGAUGGGAAGCGCUUAGGGUGGAGAGUAUGGACAGACAGUCUCGGCUGCACGAUGUGCUGAUGGAACUGCAGAAGAAGCAGCUGCAGCAGCUCUCUGCCUGGUUAACGCUCACGGAGGAACGCAUUCAGAAGAUGGAAACUUGCCCCCUGGACGAUGAUUUAAAUGCCUUGCAAAAGCUGCUAGAAGAACAUAAAAGUUUGCAAAAUGAUCUCGAGGCUGAACAGGUGAAAGUAAAUUCAUUAACUCACAUGGUGGUAAUUGUGGAUGAAAACAGUGGCGAGAGUGCUACGGCUGUUCUAGAAGAUCAGUUACAGAAACUUGGUGAGCGCUGGACGGCGGUGUGCCGUUGGACCGAAGAACGCUGGAACAGAUUACAAGAAAUCAAUAUGUUGUGGCAGGAAUUAUUGGAAGAACAGUGCUUGUUAAAAGCUUGGUUAACCGAAAAAGAAGAAGCUUUAAAUAAAGUCCAGACAAGCAACUUCAAAGACCAAAAGGAACUAAGUGUCAGUGUUCGACGUCUGGCUAUUUUGAAGGAAGACAUGGAAAUGAAGCGUCAAACAUUGGAUCAGCUGAGUGAGAUUGGCCAGGAUGUGAGUCAGUUACUUGAUAACCCCAGGGCAUCUAAGAAGAUCAACAGUGACUCAGAAGAACUGACUCAAAGAUGGGAUUCUUUGGUUCAGAGACUAGAAGAUUCAUCCAACCAGGUGACUCAGGCUGUAGCAAAGCUGGGAAUGUCUCAGAUUCCUCAGAAGGAUCUUUUGGAGACUGUUCGUGUAAGAGAACAAGUAACUGCAAAAAAGUCUAAGCAGGAGCUGCCUCCUCCUCCUCCUCCAAAGAAGAGACAGAUCCAUGUGGAUAUGGAAGCUAAGAAAAACUUCUGCUUACAGGAUCAGUGCACCUCUGAGUUGCAAACAGCAGUGGUCGAAUGUUUACUUGGAUUAGAAAAAGAACAGACAGAAAGAAUCCCCAGACUGGAUGAAUUAAAACAAACUGGACAAAUCCUUGUGGAACAAAUGGGAAAAGAAGGUCUUCCUACUGAAGAAAUAAAAAAUGUUCUGGAGAAGGUUUUAGCAGAAUGGAAGAAUGUAUCUCAGCGUUUGGAAGAUCUGGCAAGAAAGAUUCAGCUGCAGGAAGAUAUAAACGCUUAUUUUAAGCAGCUUGAAGAGCUUGAAAAGGUCAUAAAGACAAAGGAGGAGUGGAUGAAACGCACUCCCUUUUCUGAAUCUCCCCAGCAGUCCUUGACAAAUUUGAAGGAUUCCUGUCAGCGGGAAUUGACAAAUCUCCUUGGCCUCAACCCCAAAAUUGAAAUGGCGCGCGAGAGCUGCUUGGCUCUGAAGUCUCGGCCUUCUGCCCCGGAUUUUGUCCAGCAAGGCUUUGAUAGAUUUCUGGGCCGUUACCAAGCUGUACAACGGGCUUUAGAGGAUCGUCAGCAACAGCUAGAGAAUGAACUGAAGAGCCAACCUGGACAUGAAUAUUUGGAAACAUUGAAAACACUGAAAGAUAUGUUAAGUGAUUCAGAAAGUAAGGCCCAGACAUCUCUGAAUGUCCUUAAUGAUCUUACCAAGGUAGAGAAGGCCCUGCAAGAAAAAAAGGCUGAUUCAAAAGUCAUUGAGAAAUGGAUGGAUGGGGCGAAAGACUUCUUAAUGAAAGAGCAGGCUGCCCAGGGAGACGCCGCAGGUCUGCAGAGGCAGCUAGACCAGUGCUCUGCAUUUGUUAAUGAAAUAGAAACAGUUGAAUUAUCUCUGAAAAACAUGAAAGAAAUAGAAACUAACCUUCGAAGCUGUCCAAUUGCUGGAAUCAAAACUUGGGUGCAGACAAGACUAGUUGACUAUCAAACCCAACUGGAGAAAUUUAGCAAGGAGAUUGCUAUUCAAAGAAGUAGGUUGUCUGAAAGUCAGGAAAAAGCCGUGAACCUGAAGAAAGACUUGGCGGAGAUGCAGGAAUGGAUGACACAGGCUGAGGAGGAGUACUUGGAGAGGGAUUUUGAGUACAAGUCUCCAGAAGAGCUUGAGAGUGCUGUGGAGGAAAUGAAGAGGGCAAAGGAGGAUGUGUUGCAGAAGGAGGUGAGGGUGAAGAUUCUCAAAGACAACAUCAAGUUAUUAGCUGCCAAAGUGCCCUCUGGUGGCCAGGAGUUGACGUCUGAGCUGAAUGUCGUGCUGGAGAAUUACCAACUUCUUUGUAAUAGAAUUCGAGGAAAGUGCCACACGCUAGAGGAGGUCUGGUCCUGUUGGAUUGAACUGCUUCACUAUUUGGAUCUUGAAACCACCUGGUUAAACACCUUGGAAGAGCGGAUGAAGAGCACAGAGGUCCUGCCUGAGAAGACGGAUGCUGUCAACGAAGCCCUAGAGUCUCUGGAAUCUGUUUUGCGCCACCCAGCAGAUAAUCGCACCCAGAUCCGGGAACUUGGCCAGACUCUGAUUGACGGAGGGAUUCUCGAUGAUAUAAUCAGUGAGAAACUGGAGGCUUUUAACAGCCGAUACGAAGAGCUGAGUCAUCUGGCAGAGAGCAAGCAGAUUUCUUUGGAAAAGCAGCUCCAGGUCCUGCGGGAAACUGAUCACAUGCUUCAAGUCUUACAGGAGAGCUUGGGGGAGCUGGACAAACAGCUCACCACGUACUUGACUGAUAGGAUAGACGCUUUCCAAGUUCCCCAGGAAGCUCAGAAAAUCCAAGCAGAGAUCUCGGCCCAUGAACUAACCCUAGAGGAGCUGAGAAGAAAUAUGCGUUCUCAGCUCCCGACUUCCCCAGAGGGCAGGGCUGCUCGAGGAGGAAGUCAGACGGAUGUGCUACAGAGGAAACUUCGAGAGGUGUCCACAAAGUUCCAGCUUUUCCAGAAGCCCGCUAACUUUGAGCAGCGCAUGCUUGACUGUAAGCGCGUGCUGGAUGGUGUGAAAGCAGAACUUCACGUUCUGGAUGUGAAGGAUGUAGACCCUGAUGUCAUACAGACCCACCUGGACAAGUGCAUGGUGACAGAAGGAAAACAGGAUCUGGAAAGAGCAUCCCAGUUGGCCCGGAAAAUGAAGAAAGAAGCUGCUUCUCUCUCGGAGUGGCUUUCUGUUACUGAAACUGAAUUGGUACAGAAGUCCACUUCAGAAGGUCUGCUUGGUGACCUGGAUACAGAAAUUUCCUGGGCUAAAAAUGUUCUGAAGGAUCUGGAAAAGAGAAAAGCUGAUUUAAAUACCAUCACGGAGAGUAGUGCUGCCCUGCAGAACUUGAUUGAGGGCAGCGAGCCUAUCUUAGAGGAGAGGCUCUGUGUCCUUAACGCUGGGUGGAGCCGCGUUCGCACGUGGACUGAGGAUUGGUGCAAUACCUUGAUGAACCAUCGGAACCAGUUGGAAAUAUUUGAUGGAAAUGUGGCUCACAUAAGUACCUGGCUUUAUCAAGCUGAAGCUCUACUGGAUGAAAUUGAAAAAAAACCAGCAAGUAAACGGGAAGAAAUUGUGAAGCGUUUAAUAUCUGAGCUGGAUGAUGCCAACCUCCAGGUGGAAAACGUCCGUGAUCAAGCCAUUAUUUUGAUGACUGCACGUGGAAGCUCGAGCAGGGAGCUUGUAGAACCAAAAUUAGCUGAACUGAAUAGGAACUUUGACAAGGUGUCUCAACAUAUCAAAAGUGCCAAAUUGCUAAUUGAUCAGGAACCAUUAUCCUACCAACGUUUGGUCACCACUGAAACAUUUGAAGCUGAUAUGCCUUUCUCUGAGUUGGAAAAAUUAGAAAAUGACAUAGAAAAUAUGUUAAAAGUUGUGGAAAAACACUUAGAAUCCAGCGAUGAAGAUGAAAAGGUGGAUGAGGAGAGAGCCCAGAUUGAGGAAGUUCUACAAAGAGGAGAACAAAUGUUACAUCAGCCUAUGGAGGAUAACAAAAAAGAAAAGAUCCGUUUGCAGUUAUUACUUUUGCAUACAAGAUACAACAAAAUUAAGGCAGUCCCUAUUCAACAAAGGAAAACAGGUCAACUUGCUUCUGGAAUUCGAUCAUCACUUCUCCCCACAGAUUAUCUGGUUGAAAUUAACAGAAUUUUACUUUCCAUGGAUGAUGUUGAAUUAUCACUUAAUGUUCCAGAGCUAAAUACCGCGACCUAUGAAGACUUCUCUUCUCAGGAAGACUCUCUGAAGAAUAUCAAAGACCAACUGGACAAACUUGGAGAGCAGAUUGCAGUCAUUCAUGAAAAACAACCAGAUGUUAUUCUUGACGCCUCUGGACCCGAAGCCAUUCAGAUCAGAGAUACUCUGACUCAGCUGAAUGCCAAGUGGGACAGAGUUAACAGAAUGUACAGUGAUCGUAAAGGUUAUUUUGAUAGAGCUGUGGAAGAAUGGAGACAGUUCCAUUGUGACCUUAAUGACCUCACACAGUGGAUAACGGAAGCUGAAGAGUUGCUGGUCGAUACCUGUGCCCCAGGUGGCAGUUUGGACUUGGAGAAAGCCAGGAGACAUCAGCAGGAACUCGAAGAGGGCAUUAGUAGCCACCAGCCCGGUUUGGCAGCACUAAAUCGUACUGGGGAUAGGAUUGUCCAGAAACUCUCCCCGACAGAUGGAAGCUUCCUGAAAGACAAGCUGGCAGGGUUAAACCAACGCUGGACUGCGAUCAUUGCAGAAGUGACGGAUAGGCAACCCAGAUUUUGUGUUUUGAUAUGCAGAGAACUGCCUACCACACCGAAGGAACGCAUCCAGGAGCCCUGUUCUGUUUCACAGACAAGGAUUGCUGCUCAUCCUGGUGUCCAAAAGGUGGUGCUAGUAUCAUCUGCGUCAGAUAUUCCUGUUCCGUCUCCCCGUACUUCAGAAAUUUCAGUUCCUGCUGAUCUUGAUAAAACUAUAACAGAACUAGCCGACUGGCUGGUAUUGAUCGACCAAAUGCUGAAGUCCAACAUUGUCACUGUCGGGGAUGUAGAAGAGAUCAAUAAGACCGUUUCCCGAAUGAAAAUUACGAAGGCUGACUUAGAACAGCGCCAUCCUCAGCUGGAUUAUGUUUUUACGUUGGCACAGAAUUUGAAAAAUAAAGCUUCCAGUUCAGAUGUGAGAACAGCAAUCACAGAAAAAUAUCUCAUAGCUACUUUAACUCUCUCCCCUCCACAGACUGUGAAUACGCACCUUCCUGGCCCUUGGGCCUUUUACGGUGUACAACACAAAUUAGCUCCUUACACCCAGCAUGGCGUGGAGUUAAGACAGCAGCAGCUGGAGGACAUGAUCAUCGACAGUCUUCAGUGGGAUGACCACAGGGAAGAGACCGAAGAGCUUAUGAGAAAAUAUGAGGCUCGACUCUAUAUUCUUCAGCAAGCCCGAAGGGAUCCACUUACCAAACAAAUUUCUGAUAACCAAAUAUUGCUUCAAGAACUGGGUCCUGGUGAUGGUAUCAUCAUGGCAUUUGAUAAUGUCCUGCAGAAACUGCUGGAGGAAUAUGGCAGUGAUGACACAAGGAAUGUGAAGGAAACCACUGAGUACUUGAAAACAUCGUGGAUCAAUCUAAAACAAAGCAUUGCUGACAGACAGAAUGCCCUGGAGGCUGAGCUGAGGGCAGUGCAGGCCUCUCGCAGAGACCUGGAGAACUUCCUAAAGUGGAUCCAGGAAGCUGAAACCACAGUGAAUGUGCUCGCGGAUGCCUCUCAGCGGGAGAAUGCUCUUCAGGACGAUAUCUUGGCCAGGGAACUCAAACAGCAGAUGCAGGACAUCCAGGCGGAAAUCGAUGCCCAUAAUGACAUAUUUAAAAGCAUUGAUGGAAACAGACAAAAGAUGGUAAAAGCUUUAGGAAAUUCUGAAGAGGCUACUAUGCUUCAACAUCGACUGGAUGAUAUGAACCAAAGAUGGAAUGACUUAAAGGCAAAAUCUGCUAGCAUCAGGGCCCAUUUGGAGGCCAGUGCUGAGAAGUGGAACAGGUUGCUGAUGUCUUUAGAAGAACUGAUCAAAUGGCUGAAUAUGAAAGAUGAAGAGCUUAAAAAACAAAUGCCUAUUGGAGGAGAUGUUCCAGCCUUACAGCUCCAAUAUGACCAUUGUAAAGCGCUGAGACGGGAGUUAAAGGAGAAAGAAUAUUCUGUCCUGAAUGCUGUCGACCAGGCUCGAGUUUUCCUGGCUGAUCAGCCAAUUGAGGCCCCUGAGGAACCAAGAAGAAACCUACAAUCAAAAACAGAAUUGACUCCCGAGGAGAGAGCCCAAAAGAUUGCCAAAGCCAUGCGCAAACAGUCUUCUGAAGUCAAAGAGAAGUGGGAGAGUCUAAAUGCUGUUAUGAGCAAUUGGCAAAAGCAAGUGGACAAGGCGUUGGAGAAACUCAGAGACCUGCAGGGAGCGAUGGACGAUCUGGACGCUGACAUGAAGGAGGCAGAGUCCGUGCGCAGCGCCUGGAAGCCGGUGGGAGACUUACUCAUCGACUCGCUGCAGGAGCACAUAGAAAAAAACAUGGCAUUUAGGGAAGAAAUUGCACCAAUCCACCUAAAAGUUAAAACAGUGAAUGAUUUAUCCAGUCAGCUGUCUCCACUUGACCUCCAUCCAUCUGUAAAGAUGUCUCGCCAGCUAGAUGACCUUAAUAUGCGAUGGAAACUUUUACAGGUUUCUGUGGACGAUCGCCUUAAACAGCUUCAGGAAGCCCACAGAGAUUUUGGACCAUCCUCUCAGCAUUUCCUUUCUACUUCAGUCCAGCUGCCAUGGCAAAGAUCCAUCUCACAUAAUAAAGUGCCCUAUUACAUCAACCAUCAAACACAGACAACCUGUUGGGAUCAUCCUAAAAUGACUGAACUCUUUCAAUCCCUUGCUGACCUGAAUAAUGUACGUUUCUCUGCCUACCGUACAGCAAUCAAAAUUCGAAGACUACAAAAAGCACUAUGUUUGGAUCUCUUAGAGUUGAAUACAACAAAUGAAGUUUUCAAACAGCACAAGCUGAACCAAAAUGAUCAGCUCCUUAGUGUUCCAGAUGUCAUCAACUGUCUGACAACAACUUACGAUGGACUUGAACAAAUGCAUAAGGAGCUGGUCAACGUUCCGCUCUGUGUGGAUAUGUGUCUCAACUGGUUACUCAAUGUGUAUGACACUGCAAAACAAACUGGGAUCACAGUUAGCCUUAAUAAUAUUGAUGAUGCAAUGAAUACAUUUUCUCCACUUUUAAUAUAUUUGUUUCUUCACCAGAAUAACAACAAGCCUGAGAUAAGUGUGAAAGAGUUUAUAGACUGGAUGCGUUUGGAACCGCAGUCCAUGGUUUGGCUGCCGGUCUUACAUCGAGUGGCAGCAGCUGAGACUGCAAAACAUCAGGCCAAAUGCAACAUCUGUAAAGAAUGUCCAAUUGUUGGAUUCAGGUAUAGAAGUCUGAAGCAUUUUAAUUAUGAUGUCUGCCAGAGUUGCUUUUUUUCUGGUCGAACAGCAAAAGGUCACAAAUUGCAUUAUCCAAUGGUGGAAUAUUGUAUCCCUACAACAUCAGGGGAAGAUGUACGAGACUUCACAAAGGUGCUGAAGAACAAAUUCAGGUCCAAGAAAUACUUUGCCAAACAUCCUCGGCUUGGCUAUCUGCCUGUCCAGACAGUUCUUGAAGGUGACAACUUAGAGACUCCUAUCACACUCAUCAGUAUGUGGCCAGAGCACUAUGACCCCUCCCAGUCUCCUCAGCUGUUUCACGAUGACACUCAUUCAAGGAUAGAACAAUAUGCCACACGACUGGCCCAGAUGGAAAGGACUAAUGGGUCUUUUCUCACUGACAGCAGCUCUACCACAGGAAGUGUGGAAGACGAGCACGCCCUCAUCCAGCAGUACUGCCAGACGCUCGGAGGGGAGUCCCCGGUGAGCCAGCCACAGAGCCCAGCUCAGAUCCUGAAGUCGGUGGAAAGGGAAGAACGUGGAGAACUGGAGCGGAUCAUUGCUGACCUGGAGGAAGAACAAAGAAAUCUGCAGGUGGAAUAUGAGCAGCUGAAGGAGCAGCACCUGAGAAGGGGGCUCCCUGUCGGUUCACCUCCGGACUCGAUUGUAUCUCCUCACCACACGUCCGAGGAUUCAGAACUCAUAGCAGAAGCAAAACUCCUCCGGCAGCACAAAGGUCGGCUGGAGGCGAGGAUGCAGAUUUUAGAAGAUCACAACAAGCAGCUGGAGUCUCAGCUCCAUCGCCUUCGACAGCUGCUGGAGCAGCCUGAAUCCGAUUCCCGAAUCAAUGGCGUCUCCCCCUGGGCCCUGCCACAGCAUUCUGCUCUGAGCUACCCACUGGAACCGGAUCGCAGCCUGCAGUUCCCCCAGGCAGUGGGAGAGGACUUGCUGGCCCCGCCGCGCGACACCAGCACGGACCUCACGGAGGUCAUGGAGCAGAUCAACAGCACGUUUCCAUCCUGCUGCCCAAAUGUCCCCAGCAGGCCACAGGCAAUGUGAAGUAUUCAUCUAGCCAACCCACAUCUCCUGACAUGCAGUAUUGCCCUUUUCAGCAAAUGCCAGUUCCAAGUUCCAUUUAAUCCGAAGCUCCAUGGCGACUUGACCCAUGCUGUUGAGCACUGACUGUGUGUUCUACUGAAGGAGUAAAACACUGACUAUCCAAAGAGAAAGGAUAUUUUGUUUUUAUAAUAACCAUAUAUUAUUGUUUUCUUCUUCCCUUUCUAUGCAACUGUAAAUUAAUGAACAGAGAGGUAUUUGGAAAUGG